AUAAACAACAUUGAAAAAUAACGUACUUUUUGUUAAUUAUCUGCUAAAAAUCAGAUUUUAAUUGUUAACUUUGUGAAAAUCACAGAUGUAAACUAAUAUCUGUUCUAAACAUUUACAUUAAUAUCAACAUUUUAAUUUAUCAUGAAUAAUAAAGAUUUUUUCAUUUAUACUGACCGAAAUGAAUUGCUAAGACCUUCUGCAACAGAAUAUAGAGUGGAAAAUAAACUGAUACCCAAACAAUUUAAACGAGCUAUAAAAGGUGAAACCUAUAUCCAUAAUAUUUUUUAAGAAUAAAAAAUUCUAAUUUGUUUGUUUGAAAUUGUAGAAUGUAAAGAAAAUUUGAAUUCAGAAGGUGCAUCAUUUAUACUAAAUGAUUUUGAUAAGCUCUUCUCAAUAAUUGUGUCUAUGAUCGAAGUUGAAUACCAUGAUUUGCACUACAUUUAUGAAGAAAUUCUUGUUAAAAGUAAGUUAGAUUUUGUAUUAAUCUUCAGUUUAAUUUAUUUGAGUUGUAAAUUAUUUUUAAAUCUAAUAAAAACGUCAAGUUAAUCUGCAUUUUCCAGGUUCAGCAAUGUUCAAUUUAAAUUAAAAGAUAACAUAUUCUUAAUAUUUAUUUUGAUUUAAUGAUCAAUAACUCAAACAAGUUUAGGUUUAAAAAUAAAAGUUAUUUUAUGUGACUUCAAAUUUAUAUUUAUUGAAUAAUUAUUAAAUGUAAUUAAAGUUCAAACAAAUAACUAUUGAAUAACAUUCAUUUUAUUUUUGCAAAACAAAUUUAAAGAUUUUCUCAUACCUGAUAAAAAAAACGUACAAACAGUUAACUGUUACUGUUUAAAUUCAUUAAACAGUAACAGUUAAACACAUUCGGAGCUAAAAAUUAAGUUUUUGUAAUUCUUGCAUAUUCAUUCCCUACUGGUAGAAGUUAAGUAACUUGAUUUUAGAUAUUAUAUCCCCCUCCCCUAAAAGUCCAAUUACCACGUAUGCUACUAUAGUACUAUUAUCGUUUCAAGUUUAUUUCCCAACAAGACAUUUUUCAAGUUAUAUAACACAUGUUCCAACUAUAUCAAUAUUAAAAAUGUAGUUAUGAAACAUUAAUCUAAAAUAUCUUUUUUAGAAUCUGUUUAAUAUGUUAAUGACAUAUAUUAUAAAGAACUAUAAAGUUAUAAUUUGAGUGCGGACUUUUAAGCUUUUACAUAUAUUUAUUGGCUUUAUGCAGGAUUUUAAUAAGAAUUAAAAAUGUGAAUGAUUAAUCCAUUACAUAAUUUGCAGAAAAAAAUUUAUUCUGCAUAUUUGAGCAUAUUAUGGAGAUUGGAGAAUUUUCAGCCCAGUUUUCAUAUUUUAGAAUGUAUUGUAGUGUUGUUCAUAAAAAAAUCAUAUAUUUAGCUCAUUUCUUGAGUUGUGAUGUUUUCAUUGUAGGAAAAAAUUAUUAUUAUUUAUUUAAUUGAAGAAUGAUAAAAAUCAUUCAAUUUCUAGUCAAAUUGGUGAAGUCACUCUAUUUCUCUUGGAUCAUGAACAAAAUCAAAGAGAGAUUUUGAUGAUAGAUAAUAUUUAGUAUUUAUGAAUUAUGAUUACACAUGACCAAAUGUUUAAAAUAAUAAAAACGAUUCAGAUCAACCAUUAACAUUGUUUAGUUUUUCAUUUUAUUUUUUGAAAUACUGAAAUAUAACAAUAAUAUUAUGAAACAUCUAUUUCAUAUAUCAUAUAUAAUAUAUCUUUUAAAUAUAGCUGAGUUUAAAUAAUUUACCAAAGAAAUAACACAUGUAAAUGCAUAUUUUGAGGUUGAUUAUAAGGUUUGACUACCUAUAUUAUUAUAGCACGAGGUGCAAUAUGAAUGGUAAAUGUAAAUAUUGUAAAAUUUGAUACAGGCUAUUCAUAGUAUAUAUUCAAAUAUAUAAUACAUAUUUCUUAUUAUAAUUUAUGUACAAUUCUUUAAAUUAUUUUAAAUAAAACAAAUCAUAUUUUUAUCACAUUUUAUAUAUUUAAGGAAUAUUAAAAGAAUAUUUUUAGAUUUUUUUAGAGCAUAUUAGCAUCAUAUUUUAAACUUUUAAAAAUCUAAAGAUCCGCUUUCUAGUUAUGAUGAAUGAAGGAGUAAAUAUUUAAUUUAAACAAAUUUGUAAACUAUAGUCUGUAAAUGAAAAGUUAACAUUCCAUGCAAUUUUUAAAUCAUUUGAGAAUGCUUAUCUAAUUUAUUGUUAUAGUAUAUUACAAUAGUCAUUGCAUAAUAUUCUAAUAUUGAGAACUCUUGUUAUUCUAUUUAUUAAUUCAGUUAUUUAAAAAAAGGGGAAAAUUGUUUUAUCAUUAUAAAGUUUUAUGCUUCCUAAACGUGCUUUGAUUCUAAAAACAUAUAUAAUUAUUAUGUUUACUUUUAUUUUUCUUAAUUGGAUAUUUAAGAAAUUAUUGAUUUUAUUUUUCAGGUUUAAAUAUUUUAGGAUCAUUUUUUCUGAGCUAUGGAAGUAUUGAAGACAUUCAAUUAAAUAUACGACACCAAUAUACAAAUAUUAUAAAAAUGAAUGUUUAUAUUUUCAUUGAGUUUGUUCACAGUUUUAACUUAAAAAUUGAAACCGAAUACAAAUUAGUAUUAAUUGAAUCAAAAGUAUUAUUUUUUAAAUUUGUUUCUUUUAAAUUAUUGAUAAAUAAGUCUAUAACUUAUAUUUGUAUACAAUACUUUUAGGGUAAAAGUAAAAAACAAGAUAUAAUUCAAAUACAUAAUUCUAAAUAUAAUUGGAAUUGGGAAGAUAAAUUACGCGAGGGCUUAACGGCAAUUUAUAGCAUUAUUUCAAAUAACAUUACUCAGUUAUAUGAUCCUCCAUAUAUAGAUCAUACUUUUAUAUCGUAAGUAGAAUAAAAAUAAAUAUUAUCAUUUGACAGAAUUAUUUAUUUUUUCAUAUGUUUUAGGUAUUUAGCUUCAUUAUGUUAUACUCAGUUAGAAAAUCCAAGUAUAGCUUUUGUAAAAAACAAAUGUUUUCGUGACAUUAUUUUACAUGUGUUAUCAACACUUGUUAUUGAUUAUGACCAUGCACAACAAUUUAAAGUCACUGCAGUUAAAGUAAGUAUUACUAAUUAUAAUAUUAUUUUUAUUAUAUGAGUAAAUUACAGCCGAACCUCAAUAAGUUGAAAACCUUAACAAGUCAAAAUAAAUGUCGCUCCCUUGUGAAAACCCUGAUUACUUGAAAGAAAAACUAUAGAUAAAUCAAAUUUUCUAUGUUCCUAAUAUAGACUAAUAAUGACUGAUAAUUUGUAUAAUUAUUUGUCUAAUCGACUUGCGUGUCUCGUAAUUUAACUUAAUUGGGUAUAUCUACAUAACAAGUAAUGUGGAUGAUAUCUAGUGAAUGAACUUCAUUCUAAAUGUAGUAGAAAAUACUAUUGAUAAUAGUAUCAAAUAUGUUAUUAAAAAUGUUAAUUAAAUAUAAUAAUAACAUGGGCUCUCAAACUCGUAAGUCAAAGUAAGGUAACAUAUUAUAUGUUGUAAAAUUGCAGCACUAUAAUAUAAUGCAUAUAUUUUUUAUUAUAAUUUUUUUUUACUAAUAUUAAUUAUUUAAUCACUUUUUUAUCAUAAGUUUUUUAGUAGUACAAUUUUAAAAUAAUAAUAAAAAGGAUAGACAUACUUUGCAUGUGGGUGCAGCCACUGUUGUAGGUGGAAAGGCAGGCUACAAACAGGUAUUUAAUGUAUAUCUGUAAGCAAUGAUAAACCAUUGCUAAUGAAAAAACGAUUUUAAGCAGAGUUCAGUUGAUAAUAUUGCUUUGUCAACAAUACAAUAUAUGUCAUACCAUUGUAAAAUAAUUAUAACCAUGUGUGUUUCCAUGACAACGAUUGUUUAAAAAAUAUUAAAAUAAAAACGGUUGCAAAUUAAAACCUUAUUUUUAUCUUUCAAUCUUUAUUAACCUUAAGACCAAGGUUUUCCUCAUUAUCUCGAAUAUUAAUGAGAAUUUCAUAAAAUGACCUUUCUAAAGUACUACCCAGGGAAAACUUCCUUUCAGAAAAGGUGCUAUACUUGAUAAUCAAAGUAUGCUUUCUGGUAGAAAUAGUGUUCACGUAAAAAAAAAAAUUAACAUCAUAGUAAAACCAAUACAUUUCUCGUUCCACUCAGAAUCUAAAAUACACACUGUUAUUAAUAAUUAAAAACUAUAGCAUUAUAAUUUUUUUCCUAAAACUGAUAAGUUUAUAAUAUUCAUUUAUUAAUAAUAUUUAUAAUAUUAAGAUAAAAAAAAUUACAUUUCGCUUGAAUUGUUGACUUAUCAAGGUUCCACUGUAUACUUUAUUUCAAAUAAAAACAACCAAUGGUUACCAAUACUGACUUCCAUUCAAGUUAUAAUUAUUAAAACUGAAUAAUUUUAAAAUAUUCAAAAUAGUAUUAAUAAGAUGGUUGGGGUAUUAAUUAAAAUAUAGUCAAUUAUUAAAUAAAUAAAUGAUAAAUGUAUACCUAAAUAUUUUAUGAAUUCUAUCGUUUUUGUUAUUCAAUAUUUUUAUUUUUAUAAGAAUAUUAUAAUAUUUUACAUUUCUAUAACCAACUUAAAAGUUAAAGUUAAAAUUAAUGCAUAAUCCACAACUGAUAAAUACUGUUUAAUAAAUAUAUAAAUACAUAAAUGAAUAAGUCACCUGGAGUAUUAUGAUAUGUGUAUUUGUACAGCCGGUUUAGAAAUACAAAUUCAUUGUUAGGUAAAAUCACAGUCAAAAAGUAAAACUUGACUCUUUUAAUAUGUUUUAAAAUGUAUACAAUAUUACUAUUUUUAGAAAUUUCUAGUAAAAAUAAUAAAAUGUAAUAAUAUAAUUAUUUUAUAAAUUUGAAUUUUUAUUCAAUACAUUUUGAUGUCAAUUGACCAAAAAAAUAUAAAUUAUAAGUCCAUUUCUAAAUAUUAGUAAAAAAUAAGUACAACAAAUACAACUUUUUUGAUUAAGUAAUGGUAACAUUCAAUAUUAUGGUAUUGUAUUUAAUAUGAUUAUCUUUUUCACCUUCAUCCCAACUAUUAGGGGUUAUUUUGAACUUCCACUUGACUCGAUCUCCCAUCUCAUCACAUACACUGGCUGUCCUUAUAUUAUUAUCAAUUGUAUUCAGUUAUCUUUUUCAGUCUUUCUCUCCUUUUCCUUCUAUAUAUAAUUUAAUAAUAAUUUUUAAUGCUUCAGAUUCCUCUCUCGCCAUGAUACUUACCCAAACCAUGUCAGUCUAUUUUAGUUUUCUUUAGAACUCCUCAUACUAUUUGACAGAUUUUUUCUAUGAUUAUUGACUUAACGCAUCCCCAUUUGUCGCAUCUUACAGGUUGAAGUUCCGUGGGUGUAUUCUGAUCCCCUCUCAAUAAAUUCAUAUUUAAUGAUAUUAUAUUUUAUUAAAAUUACACUUGUCAAUUAUAAUUAAAAGUUUUAUUGCAUAUAAUUUAUAUUAAAUUAGUAACAUGUAUUAGGAAAAAUGUAUCCCUCAUAAGUAAAAUUCAAUAUAGUUUUAAAAAAAUAUUAGUUUAAAACAAAUAAGUAAAUGUUUCUAUUUUUGUAGAACCUUAAAAGAAAAAAGUUCUGAAAGUAAAUUUGUUUUAUUUAGCUGCUGAACAAACAUGAACAUUUAUCAAUACCUUUAGCUACAAUUGUAAUACAAAUACUUGAAUCUGGAAGCAAUCGUUCUUCAUUAAUUGAACUAAUUACAAAAGAAAUUGCAGAUAUGGGAAUAAUAGAAGGUAUGAAAAAUUCCAGUAACCAAGAAAUAACUGGUGGUAAAUCUUGUUGUGUUUUUCUUGUGGAAAUUGCCAAACAUUGUCCUCAAUUGUUAUUAUCAAAUGUUGAUAAUUUAUUACCCUGUUUGGAAAGUGAUGUAAGUAAUAUUGUUUUAUAAUUAUUAUUUUCAAUGCCUAAUUAAAUUAAUAAAUGUAUUAGAAAUACAAAUUAUAAUAGUUAUGAUAAUUGUAUUGCUAGUACAGUAGACUCUCGUUAAUCUGGCCAUUUGGUAAUCCUGUGCACCUAGUAUUCCGGCUAUAUUUUAUUUUUAUUCUUUCGUUAUAAUAGCCAUAAAAUUAUUAUCAUAAACUAUAAAACUAACUGAUUAAAUAUUUUAUUGUCAUUCAGUUAACGUUUGCAUGUUGUGUGUGUUUAUUUUGUAAAAUAUUGUAACAAAGAAAACGAAAACUACCUAUUGAGAAACUAGGAAUUUUAAACAAAAUAGAAAAAGGUAACAAAUUAGUGCACCACACUAACGAAAUUGAAGUACGCCGUGCUACAAUUUAUAAUAUAAAAAAAACAGUGAAAAGAUUGAGAAGUAUGUGCAAAACAUUAAAAACUGGUGAGUUUUCCAUAGCUCAAAUUUUAUUUAUGGUUUUUGCAAGAACGUAAUUGACAUACACCUAUUGUUGAAGGAAAACGCCAAGUUUUUCUACAUAAAAAAUCACACACAAAGAUGAUUUUCAAGAUAGUGAUAGCUGGCCUGAUAAAUUUAAAAAUCAUUUUGGUCUGAGACUAUUGAGUAUGACAGGAAAAAAAAAUGAUCAUAUGAUGUUAUAGUGUUGAACAUGAAAAAAAAAAUUUAAAAAAUUAUUCAUGUCUACAACACAAAUAAAAGUGGUUCAUUUAGUGUUUUUACCAAAACACAUUUUUCUGUAUUAAACAGUUACCCUGGCCAUCAAUAGAUAAUUUAAAUUCAAAAUAAGUGACAUGUUUCCACCACCUAAUAUUACACCACUUUUGCAACCAAUGGAUCUGAAUGUUAUUCAGACAAUUAAAAUGCAGUAUAAAAAGAGCCUGUUGUACAUGGUUUUAUCUUAAGAUGAUUGUGAUUAAAUUUUUAAAAAAUGUAGAUUUUUUUCCUUGCAAAUGCUUUGUAAGAUGUAAGCAAAAAGGUGAUUGUUCAUGAAAUAAUAAAUGGCCAAAAAUGUGUUGAAAAAAAUUAUUUAAAAAAAUAUAAAACAAUGAUGAAGACAAUUUUAAUAGGAUGUUACAUCAGCUACAAGUUUUGGUUGUAGAAAAACUCAUGCGAACAACACAAGGAAGUGGAUCAACAGUGAGGAAAAAGAAAACAUCCAGUUCUUGACAGAUGACGACAUAAGGGACAAUUAGGAAGUGAUGACUGAAAAUGAUUGGAAUGAUGAUUAUGAGGAGGAACAGUAGCUGUUCAAGCAAUAAUUCAUUCCGAUGCAAUAGAUUCCUUUACUAUGACUAUUACAUGGGUAGAAGAAAAUGGAGUAAAUGCAAGGUGCAACGACUAAGAAAAAGUUUUAAAAGCAUAAUUUCAAGUAUAAAACAGAAACAAAUUGAAAAUUUUUUAAAACUGUCCCAUCAAAAGAGUUAUUCAACACAGUCAUAAAUUAGUAUGUGUGUAUUAUUUUUAUGUUUUAUAAAAUAAAUUAAUAUUUUCAAUAAUUAAAAAUGUGUUCUUAUGUAAACCUUCAUUAAUCUGGUAUUUUUGUAAAUCUGACAGUCCUCUGAUCUGAUAUCUGCCGGAUUACCAAGAGUCUAUUAUAUAGUUAAUCUAUUAAUGAAAUUUUUAUUUCAGCCUUAUACUAUGAGAAUUUGUAUCCUAUCUGUACUGAAAGAACUUAUUGUGAAUGUUUUGAACUGUAACUUGGACGAAUUUAAACGAAAAACAAGAGAUAAUUAUAUAUCAAUUUUACAAGAUCAUUUAUUGGAUAUUAAUGCAUUUGUUAGGUCUAAGGUGAUUAUAAGUUAAGAAGUAAGUUUAAUGUUUAUAAUUUAUUUUAUUUAAUCAAAUAAUUUUUUUAGACGUUACAGUUGCUUGCUUCCAUAAUAAAUGAAAACUGUUUGCCAAAAGACAAAUACUUAAUAUUAUUAAGAUGUGCAGUGGAAAAACUAAAUGACAAAAGUUCAUAUGUUAUAAAAAGUGCUAUUCAGUUAAUCAAAACAUUAAUCAAACUAAACCCAUAUAGUUGUGAUGUAAUACCAAAACAACCUUGUUAUUAAGUUGAAUAGAUUCCCUAAUAACUUUUUUAUAGUUUUCAGAAAAGCAAUUGAAUAUUCAAAUGGAAGAACAAAAUUGUCUUUUAAAAAAUAUUAAACAUGUGCUUGAAUUUAAAUUACAUUCUGAUAUUAAUGAAAACAUGUGGCCAACAAUUGAGAUGGAUUUAACAUCAUUUUUAGAUCAUUUUUUUGAAAGUAAGUUAUUGAACCUUAAUAUUAAUGAAGGUUAAUAUAUUAAAUAUUCUUUUAACUUUUAUUACAAAUUUAAAAUAGUUUCUUAAUUUUCAUUAUCACUGGUAAACGGUAAAAAAAAAAAUGCAUGAUGUCUAUUUUUUAAAUUUUUAGUCUAAAAUUAUUUAUUUUUUUUUAUGGGAAUUGUGGACAACCAGACAAAUAGACUUAUUAAAAUUAAUCAGGGGAAGAAAAAUCCAUUUGCAUUGUUUGGUUUUGUGCAAAGAAUAUUAAUUCAGCCAAGUUCAUUUUGUCUAUAUUAAAUCUUAAAUCAAAACUCAAAUAGUUCUUACACACAACUGAAGAGGAAUAAAAAAAGAAAUCCAAUUUGCAAAAAACUGAUUUUUGAAAAAAAGUUGACUUGUCUGAUUGUUCCAUAAAGAUUUCAGUUUUUAUUUUUUAAUCUAUUAUAAAUGGGUUUUAGAUAACAGUUUAGAGAAUUUCAGUCAUCUUCAAGUAUUCAAUGAUAUAGAAUUAUCUGAAGUUAUUGUAAAGAUUAAAAACUAUAUUGCCCUUCAUAAAUAUAAAGAAGCUGUGGAAUUUGUAUUACGUGGAAGAGUAACUUUCAAGAAUGAAUCAUUAUUUAAGUAUGCUUUAUAACUAGAUAAUAUGUAUAAACUAAAUAUCUCAGAAAUGUGUAACACUAGUGUACAUUUUUUUAAAUGUUUUUUUUUUUAUUAUUCACCUAUAAACUAUUUGAAAUUUCAAAUACAGUCAAAAGUACAACCAAAAUUACAUAAAUAAUAUGAUGUAAUAAAAGAUUAUAUACAUUUUUUCACAAAUACAAUUAUUCUAAUAUUUAUCUUUUGGUGUUAUUUAGGAUUUACCAAAUACUAUGAUGUAUAUUUAGAAAGGAUUGACAGACAAUUGUUAAUAAUUAAUACUACCUAUUAAUAAAUAUUAUUAUUAUUUUUGUGUUCAUUUUAAUAUUUUUUGUAAAAUUUUAAGAAAGUUACAGAUUUUUUAUCAUUUAUUUGUUAAAUAGUAAAAAUAUUUAAUUUCAGACUACAAAAUGAGGAUAACCUAUCAAUACAAUUUGUUUCACUUCUGAAAAAUAUUUGGUUUCGUAAGAAUGCAAACACAUCAGUUGUGCCAAAUAACUUAGAAGAAUUUAAAAAUACGACUUUGGAAGAACUAAAUUUACAAAUUAUUUUAACACAAUCUAAAAUUGAAUAUAUUCAGGUAUUUUGAGUAAUAUAUUGUACUAAAUUGGAUUAUAAUGUAUUUCAGUUUAUAGUUUAACCAUUAUCAACACUAUAAUUUUAUAAUUAAGGUUGUUUCCCCUAAAAGUUUCAACUUUACAUUAUAUAUUUAUUUAUAAUUACAUUUUUUGUUUAAGUCGUUUAAUGAUUAACAAUAUACCAUUAUAGUUAUCCUAAAACAGUAUUAAUUCUACUUCAUUUGAUUUAGAAUACCAUUUAAUUUUAAAAACUAUAUCACUGUAAUUUUUAAAUAAAUAAUUAAAAAUAUAUUUUAUUAUGAAUUAAUUUGUUGUACGUUAAAAAUUAUCAACAUAUCUUAAAUAUUGAGUUUAAAAAAAAAAAAACUGUAUUUUAUCAUACACUAAUAUUGUAUACCCGAGGUUCACCUCUAUUCAUCAAGAUAAUUGAUAUAUCAUAGGUAACCAUUUUUUUUUAUAAUAUCACUAUUAAACAUCAAUUAUAAUUUAUUUGAGACCUCGUAGUAUCAUUUGUUUUGUAUUUAAAUUUUGGUUAUUCUUAGCUAUUCAUUUUUUUUUUAUUAAGAUAAAACUAAUAAUUACAAAAUUACAUUAAUAUUUAACAAUUCAAUGCAUUUGUGUGUAUAAUAAAAAAAAAAAUUAAAAUUAAAUUUUGAAUAAUGCAAUUUACAGGCAUGUUUCGAGUAUUUAAAUAUUAUAAGGAAAUCAUUAGAUAUUAUUUCUAAAUUGUUUUGGAAUACUACAACAGAAUCAAUAGAAGCUAUUGAAUUCUUUACAACAGCUUAUCUAUUUGGUGUUCCUCAUAGUCAAUAUGGAAUUAAUUGUAUGCUUAAAUUGAUACACUCGUCUGAUACUAAUGUUAAAGAAGCUGUAAUAAAUUCUUAUAAAACAAUUUAUUUGGACACUAUAAAAGCUAAAGAACCUAAAAAACGAACUAUAGAAGUAAUAUAAACUUUUUUUUUUUUAUAUGUUAAAACUAUUAUUUAAUACAAUUAUUUAUUUUCAGAUUACUACAAAACUUUUAAAUUUAGUAAAAACUUUAAGUAUUACUAAUAGAGAAGCAUUCAAAAUCCUACUAGCUGAAUGGAUAAAAAAUAAAACGUUAGAUGAUGAUUGCAUUAUGUUAUUAUGGUCAUGGAUUACUAAAUCUGCAACUAAACAUAUUGAAAAUAAAUAUUUUGCUGCAUUUUUCAUGUCUUUAAUUGUUGGGUAUAAAUAUUUUGUAUUAAUAUUUAGUAUUUAUAAAACCAUCAAUAUUAAUGCAUUGCUGAAUUGCAACAUUUAGAGCUUGUUUCGUGAUCCCAAAUUUACAUUGGUUAAUAAAUAAAUAAAUGAAUAAAAAGACGGACAUGCUUUACACUCUGGUGCAGCCACUGUUGUAGAUGAGAAGUUGGGAAGAUAGUGGAGGAGAAAUUGACUGUAUAUCUGUUUUUUUUUUUUUUUCAAAUGAAUUUUAAGGUUGUUUUACAACUCUCAUUCUCCAUUCUAAUAGAUUGUUCUCUUUUUCCUUGAUUUCUCUAAACGUUUUUUACCCUUGCAUCACUUUAUUUGUCCUGUAUAUGAGAUUUGAGGGCAUCCUGCUGUUUUCUUUCCCUCUAUCAUACCCUUUAUUAGAUUAUGCAGUUCUUCUGGGUGUCUCGGGGCAUGUCCAAUAAUUUUUCAUUGUAUAUGAAUAUCUAUUUUUUUCUUUAUUGUUCUUAGUACUUCUUCAUUUGUUUUUCUCUUCAUCCAACUUAUCCCUUCCAUACAUCUCCAUCACUACAUUUCAAAAGCUUCCAGUUUUUUCUUUUUGUCAUUUUUUAUGACCCAUUUUUUACUUCCAUAUGCUGCAACACUCCAUAUAUAUGUUUUGAUGAGCCUCUUUUUGAUAUUGAGUUGCAACUUUUCCGACGUGAAUAUUUUAUGUUUCUUGAUUUUUCUGGUGCUUUUACCAUCAGAUGUUAUUUUGCUCCCAAGAAACACCAUUUUCUCUACCUGCUCUAAUUCUUUACUAUCUAUGCUUACCUCGGCUUUUAAUUUUGGGUCUCUGGCACAUACUAAAAUCUUAGUUAUUUUGCUAUUUAUUUUCAUUUCUGAUAUUCUAAGCAUUUUAGUCAUUUCAUCCACUGCACGCUGUAUGUUAACUUCACUUUCUGCUAUCAUCACAAUAUCAUUUGAAAAUUUUAUCAUUGAGACAUUUUGCCCUCCAAUUUUAAUUCCAAUAUUUAGUCUUGUUAAUUUAGAACUUGCUCCUCUUUUUUUUUUUUUUGCUAUAGCUACAUAUUUGUUAUGAUUUUCUUUUAGUCUUUGCAAUCUUUGUAUCGGAGUUCGCAUUCCAUCAAUAUUAAGUUGUGAUCACUGUCACAAUCAGUACCUGGGUGUGCUUUACAGAAAUUUACUUGAUUUUUAAAACAAUUUUUCACCAAUAUGUAGUCUAUUUGAUAACGGGCAAUAUCAUCAGGCAUUUUUUAUGUAUAAAUUCUUUUCUUAAUAUUUUUAAAUCUAGUAUUUGUUACAACUAGCCCAUUUUCUCUGCAGAACUCCGCAAUUUGUUCCCCUCUUUUAUUUCUUUUGCGUAAGUCAAAAUUUCUAACUUCUCUGCCUUCUUUGCCUUCACCAACUAUAGCAUUAAAAUCCCCCAUGAUAAUUACAUUAUCAUGUAGUUUGGUAUGUUUCAUCAGUUCUUCAAUGCCUGCAUUCACGUCUUCCAUUUCAUCAUCUGCUUUUGAUUUAGGCAUGUAAACUUGUAUAAUUACUAAAUUGAUUGGUGUUGAUUCCAUUUUAACAAGGCAUAAUCUACUACUAUAGGAUACCACAUUUGUAAUUCUUGUGCCCUUCUUUUUGUCAGACCUAAUGAUUACUAACGAAAAACGAUUCUGAGAGGAAUUCAGUUGAUAGUGUUGCUUUGUUAACAAUAUAUAUGCCAUAUUAUGGUAAAAUAAUUACAUAGACAUUGUAUAUAUAUAUUUUUUUUUUUAUUAUAUUUGUUUAAUAUUGUAUCUAUUUUCCGGUUUUUCCUACGAUUUUCUCAUUUUUUCACCGUUUUUGUGGUAUCUUUAAUUUGUUGGAAAAAUUGAAAAAAUGAGACUUAAAAAUUGAAGCAAGAUUUCUGGUAGAAAAGUCGCACUCAGAUAAAAAAAAAUAAUCAUCAUUGUAAAACCAAAAGCUUUUUUUGCUUCAUUCAGAAUCUAAAAUAUUGGUUCAAUUCAAUAUUUGAUAUUUAUCUACACAUAUUUUUUUUUAAAAAAUUAUUUUGAUCCUAUAUAUAAAGUUAAAACUAGUUCAUUAAAAAAAAAAAUAUACAAAUACUAUAAUAAAGUAGACAAAUUAAUUGCAUUUCUGUAAACUUAAGUAAUUAUUUAUUAAACAUCAAGCGGCAAUAUUACAAAUACAGAUAUAAUAUUAAGUGAGUGUGAUAACUGAUUAAAAAUCAAUAAAAAAAAUAAAACAAGAUCAAAAAGCUAGUAUACCUACAUAAGUUGUACUUAUUACAAGCAAAAAGUAGGGUGCAAACUAUACAUAUAGCUGAAAAGAAAUGUUAAGAUAAUAGUAGUUGAGUGGCCCUAGGAUUAAUUAUUAUUAUUAGCAGCUCUGAGCAUACAAUGUUAGACAUGGUAUUAUAAGUAUAAUAAUUAUAAAUUUUAUUAUUAUUAUUAUUAUCGCCCGUGACAAAAAAUUAACUUCUCAAUAUUAAACUUUUUCUCUAUGUUUUAUUAUACUUACUAAUUUAUCAAUGAUAUAAAAAUACCAAUUAUUUUCUAAAAAUCUAAAAUAAACUUGUUCUUAUAAUUACCUUGUUCAUUAAUAAUUAAUGGUAUUAUAUUUAUUGGUGGAAAUUCAAAAUAAUUUACUCUUAAAAUCUGUAUUAGUGCAAAACCUGGGAUUGUUAGAGGAAACAUGGACCUUCUUAUUGAGUACGGGUUAUGUGAUGUCUAUCCAUUAUUUAAUUACACAUGCCAAAUAUUGGAUGAAGGCAUACAGGAAGAUUUUACCAGGUAAUUAAUUUUGUAUAAUAUACUAAUAAAAUAUCUUAAUUUGCAAUACAUAUAUUAAUAUUUAGAUUCCAUGCAAAGCAUAAAAUUGUUCAUAACAUAAUAUGUGUAGUAAAAAAAAGUUACAAUGAAUGCAAUGUUCAAAUAUUUAAUGAUGUUGCUACAAAUGCUGUUCAUAUGAUAUAUAAAGUGAGUAGCAUUAUAAGAUAUUAUCCUUAAAUAAUAAUAAAAAAAAAAUACUAUUAACAAUUUUUAUAUUUUAGUUGACAGUCAAACCAGAUGUUACGUGUUUGGCAUUGAUAAAGACAUUGUUUGAUAUGCUUAUGAUGAAAAAAAUUAAAUGUGGUAAGAAAAAAAAAGUUAUUUUCUAUAAUAAAAUAAAAACAAAAACAAAAUUAUUAAAAUAGUUAAUACUUGUAAGUAAAUAUAUAAAUAAAAUAUUCGUUGCCUGGAAUUUUAUGAUAAUUCAUAAUCAUUUAUAUUACUUGUCAAAAUGUAAAACCCGACUGCUCGAAGUUAUUAUCUGUUAAGAAAGUAACAUUGUCUGUGUCAAAUAUGUUAUAUGAAAAUAUUAGUCAGGACUAAGUUUUACAAUACAAUUUGUAUUCGUAGAUCUCUAAAUACUUUAUCACAACUUUUAGAUUCUGAGCAGAGCUAGAAAUUUAUUGGUUUUACAAUAAUAUUUAUUUUUUUUUAAUUGAAUUUUAUGAUUUUUUUUUUUUUUUUAGAUUCAACUGAAAAAAAUGACAAGAAUUUUAAUAUAAAUUGUAACCUGUUAUCAAAAUUUAUUUACAUCAUCGGUCAAAUAGCAUUAGAGUAUAUUAAAUUGAUUUUAUUCAUUAGUUAAAUAUGUAUAAAAUUAUAUUGUAAUUAUUAUUAAAAAAACUUUGAUUUGCAGGCAGUAUUUCUAUUUAGAAAAUUAUGUAUUAAAUGAAUUGACUCAACGUGUAAGAACUAAAUACCAAACUAUAAAAUUAAAUAUGAGCAAAAACCAAGAAAAUGAAGUAAAUAUGAAAUUUGUUUUUGUAUGAGUACUUUUAAAAAAAUUAAAUAUUUUUUUUGUUUAGAGUAUGUACGAUUCUGAAGCAGCUGAAAUAGAAGUUUUAAAUAAUCACAUCAGAAAUGUUUAUGAAAGAAGAUUGGUUUGUGGAACUGGACUACUUUCAUAUUUUUCGUAAGUUUUAUAUUACUAAUAUCUACAAGUUAUAGUAUUAUAUAACAAUAUAUUAUUGUUUACAGAAAAUAUAUAAUAAAAUCAUGUGAAUCAAACUAUUCAGACUUGAAGGGAAGUGCUAUUUUAAGUUUGAUCAAGUUUAUGAUAGUUUCCUCUAAGUUUUGCCAAGAUCACUUACAGGUUUGAUUUUAAUAUUUUAUUAUAUAAAUAAUUUAAAAUUUAUUAUUAUUAUUAUUAUUUGUUUUAGGUUUUUUUAAAUUUGAUGGAAAAUACAGAAAACAGUGAUCAAACUAUUGAUCUCAUAAUUGGAUUUGGCUGGUUGGUUGUCAGACAUCCAAAUUUGAUGGAACCUUUUACUGAUAAAAUUUAUGCUCGGUAUACACAUUUAAAUAAAUAAUUAACUAUCUUGGAUUAAAUAAAUUAAAUUUGUAUUUUCUAUUUAAGAUUAACAGAUAAACGUUACAUUGUUCGAUAUAGUGCUUUUAAGACUAUUAUAGAUCUUAUUAAUCAAGAAAUGUUUAAAAUUAGAGGUCAGGUUGCUGGUAUAGCUCGACUAAUUGUUGAUGACAAUGAAACUAUAAAACGUAUGCUUAUAAUUGUCUUAUAAUUAUUAUUCAACUUUAUUUAAGUAUCUUUUCAUAGGUGAUGCAAGAAACUUUUUUGGAUCUAUUGCUGAAAAAAAAAACAGUCUUUAUAAUGUUAUUUCAGAUAUUAUUUCAACAUUAUCUAAUCCUGAAACUGCAGUACCUGAAAAUGAUUUCAUAACAAUUAUGAAGUAAAUUUUAAUGCACACAAAUAUUAAUAACCCAAUGUCAUUCAACAUUAUUUUAUUUUAUAGUUAUCUGCUACCAUUAAUUAACAAAGAACGACAAAUUGAAUCAUUAAUUGAUAAAUUAUGUAUGAGACUGAAAGAAUCAUUUGAUGACACUCAAGCUAAUUAUAUAUCUUACUGUUUGACACGUCUAAAAUUUACAGACAAAACCUUAACUAACCUUUCAGAUAAAAUUGAUCAUUACACUGACAAACUUAAAAAUCCUAAAGUUUAUAAUAAUUUCAACUUGAUUAUCAGUACCAGUUCUAGAUUAGCAAAACCAACAACUAAAGACAUAUUGUCUGAAUUAUCUAUAAAAAUUGAAAGAAUUGUACAAGACGAACAUUUUGCUGUUUUACAUUCCCAAAAAACACCUUUUAAACGUAAUUACUAAAUAAUCCUCAAUUCUGUAUAGUUAUCCAUUUAUAUAUUAUAUAUAUUUUUUAAGGUUUAACUACUGCAAAAAAAAAGGUGCUCAAAAGGUCCAUCAAAAAAUGUACAGAUAAUACAAUUCAGGCUUUACAAGUGAAAACUACACAAAGUACUCAUUCCAAAGUCAAAAGAAAACUAAAAAUUAUUGAUAGCGAAGAAGAAGAAAAUAAUGAGCAUCUUCAUCGUACUAGAAGUGUAAGUAAUAUUCAGAAAACUUUUAAGAUACAAAACAAUAUUGAAAUUUAUGAUAAUGUUAAAGGAAUCAAAAAAACUAAAAGCAAAAAUACUUUGAAAACUCCAAAAACAAAGAAAAUUGUAAUUUGAAUAUUAUAUAUAUUUUGUACAAAGUCUAUUAAUGUAAGCAUAUAUAUAUAUAUAUAAAUAUAUAUUUUAAUUUUGUUAGUGAUAGUUAAUUAACAGUGAGUUAUUAAAACAUUUACAUUUUUAGAAUUAUACUUAAUUUUUGAAUGCCA